UUAAAGAUUUCAUCUUCUCUAGGGUUUUGGUUUUCAUUUACCGCCCAUUACCUGUUUGUUAAAAUGCCCAACUGGGUUUUCUUCCCACGUCUUGCCAUUCCUGAUAUCAAUUUACGCGCAGGUAAUCGGUGUUGAUGAUGUUACUUCAAGUCUUCAACUGUUUACCCAAUUGAAACAAAGAACUAGUUAAUCUUAAUCACAUGGGUAGACUUCUGUUCUUGAAAACGGAAGGAUUUGGGAGAAAAAUACAACAUAGGCAUGUGCUUUGGCAAAUGGCGAGUGAAUUGCGAUGGUGUUGGAUUCUAAUUGCCAAAUUUUAUUAUCUUGGUUUCGUCUUUGAUCCUCCCUCAAUUCCAACAAAGGAGCCAUAUGUUGACUUUAGAUGUCGAAUGGGUUUAAUUUUCAACUGUGAAACUUUUAAUUGCAUCAAACAUUAAAACUAGUGGUGGAGAUAAUUGGUGUUGGAUUUGCACCCUAUCUAUAUACUUUUGAACAGCAAGCUGGAACUGGAUUGUAUUUCAAUAGAUGUAUGAUCUAGGCUGCACAUUUAAUGAGGAUUCCAAGAAAGCUUGAGGUUUGGAGAUUAGGCAGAGUCAGUUACUUGGAAGCACUCAAACUACAGGAAAAGCUGGCUUCCGAUAGGAAAAUGAGUAAGAUUCCUGAUACCCUUUUGUCGUUACAACACCCUUCUACAUACACCCUUGGAAAACGCCGAACUGAUCACAACUUACUAGUUCCUGAAUCUGAACUAAAAAACAUGGGUGCUGAACUGUACUACACACAGAGGGGAGGAGAUAUCACAUUUCAUGGCCCUCAUCAAGCCAUCUUAUACCCUAUUCUUUCCUUAAGAGAUAUCGGGCUCGGUGCUAGGAAAUACGUAGAAAAUCUUGAGUCAACCAUGAUCGAAUUAGCGGCUCUAUAUGGUGUCAAAGCUGAUGGUCUAAGGAAAUUGGAGACCGGAGUGUGGGUUGGGGAGAGAAAGAUAGGUGCAAUCGGGGUUCGAAUUUCUUCUGGGAUAACGUCUCAUGGAUUGGCAUUUAAUAUUGAUCCUGAUUUGAGGUACUACAAGCAUAUUGUUCCUUGUGGGAUUUCUGAUAAAGAAGUUACUUCUUUGAGGAGGGAGACUGAUAUGGUGCUACCUGAUGAACAAGUGAUCCAGGACCAGUUGGUUUCUUGUUUUGCUAGAUUAUUUGGUUAUAGUGAUAUUAUUUGGAGGAAUGGAUCAUCAAUAUUGUAGACAGUGAUUCAAAUCAGACAUAACCCAAGUGUGUAGAUCGAGGGUGGAAUGUUUUAAUGAAUAAAGUUUUGAUUUUUAAAACAGCAUGAUGGUUUUUUACAGUAAUUAUUUGAUGUGAA